AUACAAAAUACAAGAAUGGAAAGAUACCAAGGAAAGUUUCCCUAAGGGAUCAAUAUGGAAAUAUGUGGCCUAUACGAGUAACCAAACAAGGAAGAGAUAUUUAUUUCCAAUAUGGUUGGGAUAAAUUUAUUGAGGAUAACAAUGUGGAGUUUGCAGACUUUUUGAUAUUUGAUUAUGAUGGAAAAGGAACAUUUGACUUUAAAUUACUGGGAAUGAAUGGAUGUGUAAAAAAUGGAUCUGGAGGUAAAAAUAAAGGGGAAGAAAUGAAUGUUGAACGUGGAAAAAGUGUAGAGUUAAAAGAGAAGACUAGGGGCAGUGAUAGAAGCAAUAGUUCUUUCGAUUAUGAUAGUGAUGAGCAUUACAUGGUGGAAGAAGAUGUGGAAAUAAAAGAAGAGACACAUAAAGGGGCUUCAUAUUCAGAAUGCAGAUACAUGGAAGAGGAAGGAGAUGAGAAGCAGGAAGGGGAAGGGAAGGAGCAGAAAGACGAAGAUGAAGAAGAGGAUGAAAGGGUUGGAACAUAUACAGAAAAGGUGCAACAUUCCAAAGUUGGAUGCCGAAAAGUCAAUGUUUGCAAGGUGAGCGAUAUCCCUGAACAUUAUGGUGCAGAUAUAUUCAAAAGUGGACGCGUAACUCAGCCCAAAAAUCCUUACUUUGUAGCAAAAAUACAAGAAAGAAUUAGAGACAAAUUGUACAUUCCCAUGGAAGUGCUUAGAGACUACAAACUUGAACUCCCUUCAAGAAUGAUCAUUCGUGACUCUGCUGGUAGAGAAUUUGAGACAAGAGUGAGCAAAUGGAGCGAUGGUAGAGUAUGGCUUUUUGGUGGAUGGAGCAAGUUAGGUAGGCUUAACCUUGUGGAGAAAGAUGACAGGUAUAUCUGUGAACUUGUGAGAGGAAAAUGUGGCAAGGCUCUUUACUUACAAGUUCAAGUUCUCCAUGAAGGGUCAAUUUCUCAUCCAGAAAAUAAAUAA